ACUAUAACCGUGUGCCCUUGACAAUAGAGUUCGAUGGAGAAUCUGAAUACAUCAACGCUAGCUAUAUACACGGCUUUGAAAAGGCAAAGAAAUUCAUCGCUUCUCAGGGUUCAACGGAGAAAAAUUUAGAGGACUUAUGGCGUAUGAUAUGGCAGCAGAGUUUAGACAAGAUUGUGAUGCUGACGAAUUUGAUUGAAACAGGAACGAUGAAAUGCUUGCAAUAUUGGCCCGAGGAACUGAACGGUGUGUGCAGGUACGGACGAAUUGACGUCAAGUACGUUGAUGUCGAGGAGAUGUUUGAUUACAACAUCAGGACAUUCACAAUCACAAAGGGACGUGAUACCAGGGUGGUCAAGCAGUUUCAUUUUAAAUCGUGGCCAGACAAAGGUGUUCCCGACACGGCCUGGUGUCUUGUAGACUUCUGGAGAGCGGUGGAUACUCAGGAAGAGCACAUUUCACCCAUUCUGGUUCACUGCAGCGCUGGUGUUGGGCGAACAGGAACAUUUAUUGCUCUCGACAAUCUUAUUUCACAAGCACAACUUGAAAACUGUGUCAGACCAUUCCAGAUUGUCGAAGCGUUGCGCGAACAAAGGGUUAGCAUGGUCCAGACAAAGGAACAAUACACUUACCUACACGAGGCCCUGGCGGAAGCUCUCCUGAUUGGGACACACCACGUGAUGACCAGACAGUUUGAAAGUGUCCACCAGUUCAUGAUUGUAGAAGACAGUAUUUUGACAACUACAAGACUGGAAAAACAAUUCGAAUUGUGUAUGCGUAGUGUUGAAAGUAAUGAGGGACAUUUGCAACUAGUGGCCAGCCAAGAGACAGAAUAUGGCAACAUUGGGGCACACGUGGCUGAAAUAGAUGCAUAUCGACGCCAACAUUAUAGGAGGAGUGAACCGCCAGCUGAAAUCUAUCUCCCGACAUUCAAUGAAAAGACGGGUAUGAUUGUGCUACCCAAACCAACUGAGAAACAGCUGGCAAUGUUUUGGUCACGUCUUGAACAGCUUGGCUCUAUAACGGUGAUUGAUCUUUCAUCGGAUGACAUUGAACUGAAACAUAUACUAAUAGACAGAAAAGACAGGGAACAUGCAACAAAAGGCACAUAUGUUAUGAAAGAGGAAAAACAAAAUGGAUUUGUUGAAAUGACUUAUUCCAUGACACAGGAGACUUGCCGCGACAAAAUCAUAAAACACUUCGUGCUGUCUUCGUGGAAAGGAGUAGAUAUACCGACAGACAGGACAAAAGUGCUUGAGAUGAUAGAGGCGGUGCAAACUUGGCAGCCUGAAAUGUCAGACGACACCCCAAUAGUGAUACUAGACAACGGUGGAUUCCAGAAAUGCGGAGUCGUUGCUGUUUUAUUGAACGAGAUUUAUCGCAUAUUACAACAGAAUGGGCAGAUCAACAUUUUACAAUCAGUCAAGACAAUGAUGUACGGAAAAAGCCUUCUCAUCCGCAGCAUGAUGCAGUUCAAGUUCUGCUAUGAUGUGAUAUUGGACUAUGUUCAGCAAAAAGGGGUUUAUCAGAACUAUUAAUGUUACAAUGCCAUAUAAUGUGCUACAGUAUAUAGACUCGUUGUUACUUCCGAUGAGGAACAUGUAUCAAUUUGUUACGAAUUUGUUUCGUCUGAUGUUUGCAUGAGUUGCAUUAUUCAUAUAAUAUGGGUUUUAUUCAUACUGUCUAAAUAUGUGUGUAUAGACAUUGUUGCAACUAGUUUUGAAGUGUAUAGACCUGGUGUCGAUACUAUAAAACUUAAUUUCUUCCGAUUGAAUGCACUGAUGUAGGUUAUAUUUAAUACCUUGUUGCGAUGUAAUGGUUUAGGUCUAAACAUCUAAUUCAAUCUCCAUAUAUUGCCAUGCAAUAUAGUUAUAGUUCGGCUAUUGAUCACCUGGCAUGAAUAAAGGACUUUGUACUGAAAAUAUACUAUCAUGCUUACUACUGUAUACUUAUUUUGUAUUAUUAAUGCAAAGAAUAUAAAUUGUGUUGAUGUUUAACUAUACUCAAUGAAAUGUCGUUUUAUCAACUAUAGGUUGCAAAAUGUAAUACGUGCUUUUUUAUUUUUGUCAAUUUGGAUUAAUCAAUUUACUCAAUAUUAUUUGAAAACUCUUUAAAAUUUGUUUAGCGUUUGCUUUGCUUACAGUGUUUGUAAAUUUUCAGUUAUAGUUCCUGCUUUGUUUGACAGUUUAUUUUGUAUGAAUUACUUUCGUUAUUAUUUAACCUAAUCAUCGCCUUGUAAAUAUAUCUGUGGUCAAUGUGUCAUGUUCAUAAUCCAUUCGUUUAACGAUACAAACAUGUGUGACUUAAAAAAUAAAGCGACUUUAAUAGUUUAUUUACCAUAAAGCUUGACUUUUUGAUUAAGUACUCUAUCAAACGUAAAACAAAUUCAUUCAAAUCAAUGCAAGACAGUCACACAACACUCCUUUAAAAUGAUAAAAUAUCCUAAAAAUCAUGAAUUAUGAUCAAAAUAUCUUUAUAUCGUUAUCAUUUUUGUUGCAUAACAACAUGUGUCGUCCUAGAACAAUUAACUGAGCCAACACUACAGGUGUUUAGAUUAAAACAUAAAGUGGUAUUUUAAACUUGAAUAAAGUCUUAAAAUGA